GAGCCGCCGGCGCGUGUAUGUUUGGGUGGGGAUACGGCGGCGUCGCAGGUCGGACGGCUGUUACCGUCUUCUCGACAUCCCUUUAAAAUAUUUCAGAUAACUAUUCACUACCCGGAUUGUGUGUUGUUAUGUUGGAUUUCCCGUCGAUUUAGUGUUUACAUUUUACGUGCAUCGUGCGACAACGGAGUGUGCCGAACCGUCGGCGAGCGAUACGCAGUACGCAUCGUCUGGCCUCCGGCCGUUCGCGUCGCAUUUUCGACCGACAACGGUCUGCCGUAUUCACAUCGUAUAAACAAUAUUUUUUAAAUUAUUAUUUUGUUUUGCCUCUUGACGACACUCGAAUUACGACCCAGCGCCGCCGAGACGAUAUCGCUUCAAUUCUAAUUUUAUUAAUAUACGAUUUAUUUUUUGAAUUUAUUUUAUGUUCAACGGUUUUUCACUCUUAUUUGAUUUCUAAAAUGGCUCAACAAAAAUCGAAGAUUAUAAAUUUUGACAACUCAUUGCGCAUGUACAACCGAAAGGUGCUCAGAUCGAAAAUGCAUUUGUAUACCAAAAAGUAUAUUGAUAACUUGUUUAACAAUGCUAUUUUUAGCAAAUGUGAAGUUUCUGUGGUAAAGUUUACUGCCGAAGACAUAGAAAAUUACAAAUCGAGCUUGACUAAAGGUAAAGAUAGUACACCCAAAGAAGAUGGCAAUACAUUUAAAGAUGAUAAUUCUUCUAAAAACAAUAAAAAGUCCAAGGUCGUUAAAAUGCCUAAAGAUAAAAAUACAUCUAUAGACAGCGAGCCUGCUAAAAAAAAACAGAAGUUGGAUACAGAUGGAAUAGAUGUUUUGAAGAUAGUGUUAUCUAGAGAGGGUGAAACUGAUAAAUUUAAAGCACAAUUUAAGUCUUCAUUAAAGCCUAMUAAAGAAAUUGCAUCUACUAGUACUGAGGAGGCGGUUCCCAUUGUAAUUGAUUGUGAAGAAUCUACUGAACCUACAACUUCUUCAACUAAAGAUUUAAAUCCAAGGAUUUGGGUCAUUGAUGUCAGGAAUAUGAUGGAUGAAGAUAAUUACGUCAGGUGGAUGAAAAUGUUUCUUCCUGAUAAAAAUUUCAAACAUCCAAUGAAUGCCAUGAGAAAGUUAGCAGUUGCUAAACCCUCUACAGUUGGAUCAUCACAUAGUACCAAAGUAAAUGGAAUGAAACACCCUUUAAAUGGCAGAAAUCAUGUAAAAGGAAAUUUAAUUGAAAUUGAAAAAUUGUAUAAAAAGUAUUUUAGCAAAUCUGUACAAGAUACUAUUGUGAUUAUUGCAAAUAUACUCAACAUAAUUUCAAUGUCAAACAAACAUCACAAAGCAAGAAUGGAUGAAUCUUUUAAGAAAAGAUCUGAAGCUGAAAAACUUAAGGAAAGAUGUGAUGCAAACCGAUUACAUGGAAGACAUAAAAAAAUUUUGGAAACAAAGUUGAAGAGCAAUUUUAUAGAAGUUGUAUCAUCUUUUGAAGAAUCAGAAUUUGAUUCAGCAUUUCAAAUGUUUUUUCUAAGUAUAUUAACUGUACUUCGAGUUUUGGAUCAGCCAAAGUUCAGAAAAGGCAGCAUCUUCAAAAAUUUAGUACUUUUAUUAUGGAAUAGUUUGAAAAACAGUGAAUAUAACCAUCCCAAAAUCUUUUCAAUGUUCCGGUCUAAGACAUUUCGACCCGAUUGCAUUGAUUUAAUAAGUUUGAUUGAAGAUAGUCGAGAUGUUGAUCCCGGAGUWACCGAUCGCAUGUCUUUGUUUUUUGUAUCAACAGUAAAUAGCCGUGAAUAUUUUCAAGCAGUUAUUAAUGCUGUCACUAGUGAUUCGAAUGAAGACCUGGCAGUAUUAAUUGAUAAUGCUACCUUUCAAUGUUGCAUUAAUUCAAAAUUUAAAGAUCCUGUAGAUUCAUCAAAUGACAAAAUACCAGUAACAGAAACAAUUCAAAGCCCUGUAAUCAACUCUGCUGAGACAAUUCAACACUGGUUCCUAGCCAAAAAUCCCGAUGGAACUUACCAACAAAUACCUUUGUUAAAUGGAAAUAAACCUCAAACAAUUGGUAAUACAGCAGUAGAACAGUCUAUUAUAACGAGCCAGCCCUUGAACAACUUUUAUGAAUCAUUCUCUACUUCAUUACAAAAGAAACCUUCUGAAACUUCUACUUCUCAAAUGAUACAAGCAAAGAAAUGUAUAGUUGUUACUUCUAAUAUUUCUAAUAGUAUGGUCCAAGCAAUAGCAUCAUCAUCACAAACUGCAACAUCAACACCAUUACCAACACCAUCAUCAUCAUCAACAACAACAACAUAUGUGACAUUCAAACCUCCAAUCCAAAGUAAAAAAUCCACGCAAAACAAUCUGCUUCAGAGAGCUGCUGAAGGCAGCACUAUUUUACUUGGUAAUAAACAAUAUCAAUUGAUUAAGGGGCCUUCAGGUCAAAUGCGAGCAGUAGUUAAUGGUACUAAUAUAUUAGUCAAAUCAUCUCCAACCAAUAUUAUCAAAUGCUUUGCGAGAAAUUGUAAAAACCCUGCAACAAUAAUGUGUAGUAGCUGUACUACUGUGAAAUACUGUUCCCAUAACUGCCAACGACGUGACUGGUAUGAUAGUCAUAUAAAUGACUGUGAACGACUGCUAAAUAGAAGACAGACUCAACCCUAAACUUUCCAUUGUAUAUGUAAAUAAUUUCAAUGUGUUAUAUUUAUAUUAAAAGGUUUUUCAAGAAAAUAUUUAUAAAAAAAAAAAAAUGGUUUAUAACAGGAUAUUUUUAUGUUUCUUAAGUUUGUAUAAUUAACGUUAAGGUUGUACUAUUACUAUUAUGUUAAAUGUAAUAAUGCUAUAUAGUUUUUAGGGUUGUAUGUUCUUAAUUUUUUUUUUUAUCUGUACUACAGUUAUUGUUUUUCCAGGAAUGGAUCAUCAAAAUAAAUAACUAACUUUUGGUAUUUUCAAAUUGUAUAAUUGUUUCUUAGUACACUCUUUAUUUGAAAAUCAAUUUAAAAAAAAAAAAAAACUUAUUCUGAGGAAAGGGAAUAGACUGAGCCUUUUGUAUUUAUUUUAUGUUAGGUUCUGAAUAUAAUGGUAACUCAAAGAAAAAGUGCAUGUCAACUGUUUGACCCACUACAGUAAAACUUCUCAGUUUAUAAAUAAAAUAAAUAAUUUAUGUAUGUGUAAAUAAUUUGUAAUAUUUCUUUGUAAUGUAAUAAAUAUUGAGUUCUUUUGAAACUAA